AUGAAGUUUAAUACUCUUGCCACCUUUUUUGCUCUGACCUCUGGCUCCCUGGCUGCGCCAGCAGGUGAAGCUCUGGAGAAGCGUAACCCGACAGGCUCUUUCAGUCUGAUCGCAUACGGAGUCGCCUCUUCUUACAUUAAGAUUUUCUACUCUGACGGCCUUGCAUAUGCCGGCGACUCGUCGCUGUGGACGUACGGAAGUGUCACAACAGAUGUCACAUUUACGAUCGGCAACACCGAGCUACCCACCACCGCCACCACCUCUGGGGUCACCUUGGACGCAGACACCCUUUUCUACAUCCAGCCAACUGCCGAUGCGAUCACUGAGGUUGGGUUUACCGGAAACGGAAUUAGCACUCCUUCUGCUGCGACGACUGAGAGUUUCCUCUUCUACGGGACCUAUCUCAUGUGGGAAGAGUCUAAUGGGAACCUGAGCGACUCCUUCCGCCUUAAGGAAACCAACGUGUCGGGCGUUUAUCAGAUGUACUGGGAUCAGUCGAACCUCUAUCCAUCUGGCUAUCUUCUACCCACUGUGAAGUCAUUGUCUUGA